GCGAGACUUGUUUAGUAACGUCUUCCUGCUGCUCCUCUGCUGAAGAUAUCCUGGAGAAAUGAUGCGCAAAAAACGACGCUCCUCGGUGGAAAAGGAAGCGGGAACAACCAGCACCUCUAAGGCAAAGAAGAGUCGCAGGACUGGCCACCAGCCCAAAGAAGUUUCCUCAGAGGAGACAAACGAAACUGUUUUUGUCACUUUUGUGAAAGAAGCCGGAGUCAACUUGAAACUCGAUGGCACAGCUCAUGAGAUCGUUGUUGACCAGGUAGUUUUCCAGAAGCGAAUAAGGCAACAGCUGCAGAAAAGCCCCCGAUACCCUGGUAUCCUGAAGGAGUUUAUAACAGCACUGGAGGCUUACAUUGAAAACCCAGAAAGGUUUAAGAAUUGCCUUUUUCCCUGUGUUCCACAACAAUCCGAGGACGACAUUUGUUCUGUCAGCUCAUUCCAGGAAAGCCUGCUCAGAAUGUUAUUGGGCAUCGAAAUGCUGCAGACUUUGAUAAUAAACACCUUGCUUGAAAAAAUCCCUGAAUUUAUGCUUGAUGGCGCUGUGGAUGGAGGAUUUGAUUUUCCUCGUAUGAUCAUCAACCAGCUGAAGUGGCUUGACAGAGUCGUAGAUCCAAAGGACCUUGCAGUGAAGCUGAUGGAGCUUGUGUCAGUAGCCCCUUUUGAGGUGCAGCGUGACAUCAUCACCAGUUUACCAGAGAUACUUGAAGACUCUCAGCAUGAUGACAUUGCCAGGGAGCUCAAUGCUUUACUUCAGGAGAACACUCAGCUAACGGUCCCCAUCCUGGAUGCCCUCUCCAGUCUCAACCUCUCAUCAUCAUUACUGACAGAGGUCCGCGAUGCAGUUAUGGCCACACUGGGCUCUGUGCAACUACAGGAUCUACCUGUGGUGGUCAAAUUCAUCCUGCAUUCUGUCUCCGCCUCAGAUGCAUCCGAGGUGGUGAAUAAUCUGCGCAAAAAGCUGGUACUAGAGCAGUGCGUCCUUCCUCCAGUUCUGCAGGCAUCACAGAGCCGCAUGAAGAGCAAAUCAACAGCAGGUUCUGCUUCCACAACUGCAUCCGGCAGCAGUCAAGACUGCGUCACGUUGAUACUGGACUGCAUCAAGUCAGCAGUUCGGUUCCAGAAAACUAUUUCUGAGGCAUGGCUCAAGGCAAUAGAGUCUGUGGAUGAAGUCGAAGACCACAAGGUUUUAGAUCUGCUGCUGCUCUUCAUCCUCCACUGCACCAACGCCAACCAGAGCCGCCGGGGGGCAGAGAGACUGCUAAAGCUUAAAGUGAGAAAAGGGCUCAUUCAGGAGGCUCUGCUACAGAAAACCUUCAGGGACUACUCUCAGGUCCUGCGAGGGUACUUCCCCUCUAUCCUGGCUCUGGCUCAGAGUUUGGUGCGCUCCCCUGAUCCCUGUGUGGUGCCUUUUGGUGGGCAGAUGCACAGAAUCUCUUUCACUGUGUUUGACGCUUACUGCCAGCAGGCGGUUGUUGGCUCUCUUGUGACUCAUGUGUGCAGCGGUGUAGGUGGGGAGGUAGACGUGGCGCUGGAACUGCUCUGCAAUCUUGUAAUGGAAAAACCCACAGAGAUGGCUCUCUAUGCUGUUUUUGUGAAGGGAAUCCUGGACUACAUGGACAAUCUCACUCCGCAGCAGAUCAGAAGACUCUUCCAUCUCCUGAGCAGAGUGGCGUUUGGGCAGCAGCAACAAGGAUCUCACAUCCAGGACGACAUGCACAUAGUGAUCCGUAAGCAGCUGUCCAGCACGGUCCCCAAAUACAAGCGUAUAGGAAUCAUUGGUGCCGUGAUGAUUGUUGGCAGCAUGGGAGCCUUGAGGUCUAAAGGGAAGGAAUCACAGGGUGGCUCUUUGCCUCAGGAGACACUAAGACAGGUGACGGCUCUGUUGGAGCUGGUGAAGUCAAGCAGUGAAAGCUCUCCAGAGGCAGCGGCUCUGUACUACGAUGAACUGGCCAGCCUUAUCUGGAGUUCUUCGUUGGACCCACAGGUGCAGGAAAUGAUUGGAACAAGCGUCCUGGAUGACUUCCAAGAUGAUUUUGUGGUGGACGUCGGACCUGAAAUAGCAGGGUCAUUCCCCCUUCCAGCCUUUGCCAUGUACAACCUAGACGAGGAGGAGAGCCAGGGAUGUAUCGCCAUCAACCUGCUGCCUCUACUGGCCAAUGAAACCCAAAACAAAGUCGAUUCUCAGAGUGGAAAACAACAGAAGCGGGUGUCCCCUCUCUGUUUAUCCCCCUUUUUCCGCCUCCUGAGGCUCUGUGAAGAGAAAAGACAUCAGGGAGACCUGGAAGAGAUUGAUGCCCUCCUUGGCUGUCCGCUGAUUCUGACCAACAUGGAUGUAGUGGAUAAAGUUGAAAGCCUGUCGAAAGCUGAGAGGGAGUUCCUCUGUACUUUACUGUUUCACACCAUCAACUGGUUCAGAGAGGUGGUAAACGCCUUCUGCAAGCAGAAAGAAACAGAGAUGAAGAUGAAGGUGAUGACUCGCUUGCAGAACAUAACUUUUCUGCAGACUCUGUUGGAGAGGGCUCUUGCAGGAAUGUCUGGGUACAUUCCCCCUGUUUGUAACUUUGAUGGAGAAACUACAGAUGGGAUGACAUCCAGUUUUGGAGUCCCUGUAAAUAAGACAAAGAAAGAUGGAACCGGGAAAAAGAGAAAGGCUCCAGGUAAGAACGUUCCAGAAGGAGUCUCUCAGCCUGAGGAGGGUACUGAAGCAGAUGAAACUCAGCAGCAGGAUCAGCCAGAGAAGGAGAAGGAAAAAGAGAUCCGGCCUGGUGUCAGUUUGGCAGCAUACAGGCCCUUCUUCAGAGAGCUGGACAUGGAGGUGCUCAGUGUUCUGCAGUGUGGUUUGUUGUCACGCUCACUGCUAGACACUGAGCUCCACACCAAGGUUCGAGAGGAGGUCCUGCUGGGCCCGACUGAACUGGCCUUCCUGCUAGAGGAUAUGCUGCACAAAGUGGAGUUCAGUCUUACAGCUGCCCCAGCCAAGAGAGCUCCUUUCCUCAAGGCGAGGGCUGAUAAAACCGUGGGAUUCUCACAUCUACAACAGAGGAGUACUAAAGAUAUUGCCUCCUACUGUGUCCAGCUACUGCCUGCCCUCUGCACACACCUGGAAAACUGUCAUAAUCAUUUUCAGACGGUGCUGUCGGAGAACAAUGGGGUUGUGGAUGGGCCUUCAACAGAUGUGGAGGAGUACCAGCUGAUGACCUCAGGGUACCAGCUCCUCCUGCAGGUCAUCAAUACCACCUUCAGUUGGUCUGGAUUCAGCCAGCCGGGACAGCGGAGCUUGUUGAAGAAAGCUUUGGGAGUUUUGGCAGGACGACUGAAAGAAGGGGGUCCUGAACUGACCCUUGAUCAGCUUGUAAGGCACAGUUUUGAGUACCUGCUGAACUUCCGCAGUACGAUGCCGAGCCUGAGCACAGCUCUGUGUCUCUCUCAGCUUCUGUCAACGCUGUCAGAGAAGGGAGGAAACCCUGGUGCCUUCAGAGAGCAGAUUGCUUCCCUGGCACGUCGUUUCCUGAGCCAAGGUUGGGUGACAGCCAGUGGAGAGAGAGAGCGAGGCAGUAAAUUCAAUGAAACACUUCACACACUCCUAAGCAUCUACCUGGAGCACGUUGACGAUGUUCUAAAGGCAGUGGAGGAAAUAGCUGGAGAAGGAAUCACUGAGCUCAUCAAUGCAGCCAAAGAUGAGAGCUCUGCAUCCUGGCCCACUCUGAGCAGGCAGACAUUCCUGGUUUUCUAUAAGGUUUUGAUGGCUGAGCUGGAGAAAGCUGUCAGGAGGAUUCCUCCGGGUAAAAUGAGCGACAACUCUGAGGCUCAAAGUGAGAAACUGCUGACAUGGAACCUGGCUGUCAGAGAUUUUCACAUCCUGGUCAACCUCGUGAAGGUGUUUGAUUCCAGGCCAGUACUUAAUGUGUCUCUAAAGUAUGGCCGCCUUUUUCUGGAGUCUUUUCUGAAGUUGGGAAUGCCGCUGCUAGACUACAGUUUCAAGAGGCACAAGGAGGAUGUCCAAAGCUUGCUUAAGACUUUCCAGCUCAGCACGAGGCAGCUCCACCACAUGUGUGGCCAUUCUAAGAUUCACCAGGACACCAGCUUGACUAACCACGUACCAGCUGUAAAGAAGAGCCUGGAGCUGUUUGUUUACAGAGUGAAGGCCAUGCUGAUGCUCAACAACUGCCAGGAGGCCUUUUGGAUGGGAAACCUGAAGAAUCGAAACCUAAAGGGUGAAGAGAUCCUUUCUCAGAGAUCACAGGGAAGUGAUGAGGACGAUGAGGAAGAGGAUCAGGAAUUACCACCGGAAAAGUCAGAUGAUGAGGGACAGGAAAGUGAUUCUGAAGAAAUCCCCCGGAUCAGCAGACAGGGUGACAGUGGAGAGGACUCUGAUUAGUACUUGUUUUACUUCCUCUUAAGUCUCCUUUACAAAUUAAACUCUUUUCUUUAUUAAAAAGAUUUAAUUGUAAUUUUUGUGCUAUUAAAUG